AUGGCACAACUCAACUCCACCAAUAUUAUCUAUAACAUCUCCUCCUGUCCUGGAUAUUCACCUAAUUUCUUCUUGGAACCCAGGAAUCUACUUCCUGUGGUGGUGCUGUCCACCUGCUUUCUGCUGGGAUUCCCUGGAAACAUUGCUGUCAUCAUUCUCAAGCCAAACUGGGAGAACAUGUCCAAUCUGACCCAGAGUUUGAUGCUGAACCUGGCUGUGUCAGACCUGCUCUGCUUGGCUACCCUCCCAAUAUGGAUUUACUACUUUGUCUGUAGCUGGACCUUAAGCCUGGCGGGCUGCAAGCUCAUAACAUACCUCAUGUACUGCAGCGUUUAUGGCAGCCUGCUGACUGUGACUGUGAUGAGUAUCCAGCGUUACCUUCAGGUCGUUCACCUGCAGAGGAGUUUUCCUCAGGUAGGAGCAAGCUUGCUGCUGGUUCCGCUCUGGCUGUCUGCAAUGAUCCUGUCCAUUCCUGCUUUAGUGGUUCGACAGCUGGUAGAACAACCACAUUGGUUUUAUUGCAAACAUCAAUACUUCUCAGAGGGCCAGUCAAUAGCUGUGUUGUUGACAGAGAUACUGGUUGGUUUUGUUUUAUUUUCUAUCAUUGUUUUUUCAUACACCAGUAUCUACAGAAAGGUGAAUCGGGCAGCUUUCUUCAACAAUCAACAGACCACGAGAGUGAUUACCAGCAUCAUUGUGACCUUUUUUGGCCUAUGGAUGCCAUAUUUAGCCAUAAAUGUGAUAGCAGUGGCAGCUAUUUCCCUAAAAAAUAAGAGCCUGCUGAAGUUUUGUGAAGACACCUGGAACGCUGUUGGAACACUAACAUUUCUAAGUAGUACCAUGAAUCCACUCCUGUACACAUUUACUUCUAUUCAUUUGUCCACUCUGGGCCAAAGAAUUGGUAACCAGUUAAGAAGGACGUUCAGAAAUCGGUCUCAGUCAAGAACUGUCACUGCAGGAGCAGCACCUCAUUGA